GUACAAUUUCCCGCGCCCAUCUCUCUUGCAUUUCCCGCCCCCAAAAAAACCCUAACUUUCAGCACUGCAAAGAUGGGCCAGAAGCAGCAACUCACCGCCGACCCAGUCGCCGAUCCAAAGAAACGCCGCCGCGUGGGCUUCUCCAAUACCUAUGCUGGAGUUGAGGCGAAAGACUGCAUUAAAAUUUAUCUGGUAUCUAGCAAAGAGGAAGUGGGUGAUUCAAGUAGUUUUUGUAUUGAACCGGCUGACUUGAAUAGCUUUUUUGAGGAAGACGGAAAGAUACACGGUUACCAGGGACUGAAGAUUACCAUAUGGGUCAGCAGUAUAUCAUUCCAUGCAUAUGCCGAUAUUUCAUUCCAAAGCACAUCUGAUGGAGGCAAAGGGAUCACAGAUUUGAAAACAGCUCUUAAGAAUAUUUUUGCUGAUACCCUUGUUGAGAGUAAAGAAGAGUUCCUUCAAACCUUUUCGACUCAAAGAGAUUUUAUCAGAUCCAUUGUUUCUGGUGGUGAGAUAUUGCAGCAAAAGACCUCCAAUGGGCAUGUUGUUGGUUCUGAUAGUCAUUUAGAAGCGGCCACUUCUAAAUUGGAGGUUGUGCGUAUGGUGAUUGGAAAAACAGCUGCUGGGCCCCUUUACGGUCACUUGAUUCCUCUUGUUCUUCUUCUUGUUGAUGGUAGCAGUCCAAUUGACGUUACCGAUCCUAGUUGGGAGCUGUAUCUUUUGAUCCAAAAGAGAAGCGAUCAUCAGGGGGAUGUGCAUAGUAUAUUGCUUGGUUUUGCAGCCAUCUAUCGUUUUUACCAUUAUCCUGACAAUUCUCGUCUGCGGAUCAGUCAGAUACUGAUGUUGCCACCUUACCAGCACAAGGGCUAUGGAAGAUACCUUCUUGAGGUGCUCAAUGAUGUUGCAAUUUCUGAAGAUGUCCAUGAUCUGACAAUUGAAGAACCAUUGGAUUACUUGCAACAUGUACGCACCUGCAUUGACAUACCACGCUUGCUCGUUUUUGAACCAAUCAAGCCAGCAGUUGAUGAGGCUAUUUUGCAUCUGAAGCAAGGAAAAGUGUCAAAGAAAGCCCAGAUCCCUCGCCUCAUGCCACCCCCAUCUGCUGUUGAGGAUGUUCGAAAUAGUCUGAAAAUUAAUAAGAAACAGUUUCUCCAGUGUUGGGAGGUUUUGAUCUUUCUUGGCCUUGAUCCCAUUGAUAAGUACAUCGAGGAUUUUGUGGCAAUCAUUUCAAACCGUAUGAAAGAAGACAUAAUUGGGAAAGAUUCUGGUACUUCUGCGAAGCAGGUAAUACAAGUGCCUAGUGAAUAUGACGAAGAGAUGUCAUUUGUCAUGUUAAGAUCAAAGUCUAGUGAAGGAGCUUGCAACGUUCAAAUGGUAGGUGAAAAUCAAGCAAGUCAGGAAGAGCAGCUCCAGAAGUUGGUUGAUGAGAGAGUGAAACAGAUCAAGUUAGUAGCAGUGAAAGUAUCUCCCCGUCGCACAUAAGCAUGCCCUAGCAAUGUGCCAAACUGUCGCUCUUGUUUUGCUGAUAUGCCAUCUUGCAAGUUGGUAAUGAUGCAUCUCUGAAAAUUUGAAUUCCAGAGGUGUGUUUGUAAAUGGUUGAGCUCUCAUCAUUUGGAAUAUUUGGAGGUAACUUCUUAUUGCUUCCUAGCAGCUAAAUAGAUUUUCUGUGCUUUUCAUGCAAACUAAGAAGCCACAAACAGAAAAUCAAUCAGGACGUCAAAGUUUCUUGUAGAAUUGAUAGUUUCUUUAGAUCUUGUAACUUUGUUAAAAUGUCCGCGCUCAGUUUUUAGGUUUUCAAAAACUUGGUUGCUAAGCAACUUCUUGCUCAUAGUACUUCUUCUUGACAGAUUGAUACCUUUAUUAAUUUUGCGUAUGUCUUA